GAGUGUUGUGUUGGGUCUGAAAACUGUGAAACCCUUCACUUACUUCUGAUGACAUGAUUUGCCAUUUGCUACACAUUUGGCGACUGUUUGUAUGACUGUGUCACUGAUUGUAAGCUUUGAUUGUCAUACCAAUCAAACUAAUUAUAACGAGUAUUGAGUCCACUAAUCACUAAACACUGAUUUGUUUGUGUUUUACGCCAAAUGUUUCACUGAAUGUCAAGUCGAGUAAUGAUUGUCUCCAGUAUUUGUUGAUUGCAUUCAAGUGUCACUCAAUUGUCCAUUAAUUAGUGUUUUUGUGGUCAUUUGAAUGGAUUAAUGGGCUCUCAUUUGUCUAACAUUUCAGACAAUAACCCAUUUGUGAGGAGAUCUCGACUCAUGUCUGACAUCGAGACCAAUGAGAGUAACAGAGAGACAAACGACGAGUCGAUGUCGGACUCGGAUCCCGACCCCGAUCUCAACACUAUCUUAAGAUAUCUGAUCAGAAGAGGUCACAUCCGGUUUGUCAGGUCUUCCAGUUCUGACAACGACGAGGACGACGACUCGGACACCACUGACGACUCCGGUUAUGUCUAUCGGUCCGCUUCCAGUCGCAGACAUAACAUACCCGCCCUGAAUGUCCCCAAUCCGGACACUUCUGUCAUCGAUGGCAGCGAUUUAAAGCUCAUAUUGAAGGCACAGACGGGUCUGUCGGCCGACAAACCCUUACCACCCAUUCCUAAGUUGUUUCGCAACCGAGAGAUAGGAGUGAAUGUUUGCGGCGAUCGCGUGGCCUCUCAUGCCUUUGGUUUGAGUGAUAGGUGCAGACUCUCGGACACCAUUCUGCCCAACAAGAAGUUAACUGUCGAUCAGUAUCACAGCAAAGCUUUUUGCGGAUUUUAUUCAAAAAGCGGUGAAUUAUUUUUGACCGCAUGUCAGGACACAAACAUUAGGAUAUAUGACACACGAUAUGACAAAUUCAAGAUUUUUAAGAACGUGUGGGCCAGGGAUGUUGGCUGGAGUGUACUCGACACUGACUUCAGUCCCAACGGAACGCAUUUCAUAUACUCGAGUUGGUCUGAAUGCAUCCAUAUCUGCAAUAUCUAUGGCGACACUGAAACCCAUGAGGCGCUGUCACUCUCUCCAGACGACCGACGCUUUUGUAUAUUUUCUCUGCGUUUCUCUCAGGACGGCUCCGAGAUAUUAGGCGGUGCUAACGAUGAGUGCCUUUACGUCUACAAUAGAGAGCACAAGAGUCGGGUCCUAAAGAUCCGAUGCCAUGAGGAUGACGUCAAUUCUGUAGCCUUUGCCGACUCGAGCUCUCAGAUUCUGUUCAGUGCUGGCGAUGACGGUCUAUGCAAAGUUUGGGACCGAAGAACACUCAAUGAGUCGGAUCCCAAACCGGUUGGUGUCCUCUCGGGACACGUCGACGGCAUUACUUAUAUUGACUCCAAAGGUGACGGAAGACAUCUUAUCACUAAUAGUAAGGAUCAGACGAUCAAACUCUGGGAUAUGAGAUGUUUUUCGCCACAAAUUGGUUUUGAGGCCACACGAAGAGCUGUUGCCAAACAGAAUUGGGACUAUCGAUGGCAGGCUAUCCCCAGGAAAUUAUUGGCCAAUCGAAAGAAGAUCGACGGCGACACUUCUCUUAUGACUUAUAUGGGUCAUUCUGUACUUCAAACACUUAUUCGGUGUCACUUUUCUCCUGAAUGGAGUACUGGUCAGCGGUAUAUAUAUACCGGUUGUUCAUCAGGGAAAGUAGUCAUUUAUGAUGUGCUGACCGGAAAAAUUGUCAAAACUCUUAGUGGACAUAAAGGAUGUGUCAGAGAUGUAUCGUUCCAUCCGUACGACAUGACUCUGAUGUCUUCGAGUUGGGACGGCACUAUAAUUAAGUGGUAUUACGCGGACGACAAUGACAGCGAAACGGAUACCGACUCCGAGUUCUCUCUGUCCACUGGUUUGAGACGAUCCAAGAGAUUGGCUGAAAAAAGGAGAAGAACUCAACAAUGA